ACAAGCACACCGGGGCUCGUUCGGUGUAUAAAAGGACCCACGGGAGCACUGCAGCUUACAGAAACCCUCCAAGACAAAUCAGCUCCCACAACCUCCUGACAGAGCCACAGACCAGAAGAACCAUGACUGGAAAGUUUGUCUUUGCCCUCCUGGCUGUCAUGAUCCUGACUGCCACAGUCUCAGAAGCUGCCUCUAUUAGUAAGGCGAACAUCCAACUACGAUGCAGGUGCAUCAGCACGCACCCCAAACGCAUCGCUCGCAAGCACAUCAAAUCCGUGGAAGUGAUCUUCAAGGGACCGCACUGCUCAUUAGACGAAGUCAUAGUGACGCUCCAGGACAACAAGGAAGUCUGCCUGGACACCACCAAGGACUGGGUACAGGAGCUUAUCGAGAAGUAUAAGAAAAUAAUCGAGAAGAAUAACCAGAUGUAAGGAAAAGCAGAAUUCCCUCCGGAUUCCCUCUAAGAACAACUCAUUUGAAAAUACCAAGAAAUCUUCUAAGACCUCUUUUCGAAAGCCUUGGCGAGAACACUGGGAUGUGAAUCUAGAGAGCUGGGUUCCAGUUUUCAUUUUGCCACUCUUCACUCUCUCUGUGUCCUUGAGAAAGUUCCUUAACUUCUCUGGGCCUCUACUUGUCCACUUGCAAUUUGGGAAAAAUGAUCCCUCCUUCUUUUCCCUCCCUCCCUCCAAGGGCUGACUUGAGAGCUGAUUAGCUCAGUGCUUAGAAAGGUGCUUGGCACAUACUAAGCAAUUAAAAACUACAAUAAUAAUGAUGAUGAUAAUAAUAAUGUUAUUGAGAAUAAAUUAGGCGAGGGACAGGAGAGCACCCUGAGUUUAGGGGGAAGAAAUGCUCCAAGAUAGCAAUGUUGUUUUCAUAUGUAACUUAUUUGCGUACACAAUAUUUAUAUAUUUAUUUAAUUUUGUGCUCUGAGUAAAUGAGUCAUCAUUAGAGCUGUGGAAAAGGUGUGUCAAGAAUGAAGAGGCAAUCCUCGAGGUUCCUCUUCAGGCUUCUUGACCGCUGUCCCCAUCAUAUUUUUCUACAAGCUCAGGUCGAUGGAUUGCCACACAGUACUCAGACCAUCAUCCUCUGUCCCACUGACCGCAGUUUACACCGUUCUCUGACUGAGGAGGUGAAAUUAUGAUGUCAGAUAUACUGUGUUGGAGUGAUUUUAUUUAAACAGUUGUAUUUAUUUAAAUGGUUAGGCACCAUGGUGUUUUAUUUAUUUAAGUUAUUUUGAAUGAAUCUGGUUACAUACCAGAGAAAGAAAAACUAUUUUAACAACUGAAACAUGUUGCGAUGUUUUUGAAACAUUGGUUCUGGGGAAUGUAUUUUUGUGUCAUCUGUUUGCCUUUCAUUGUAAACUUCUGACUUCUGUAAGAUUUUCUUUGAAGUUAUUUGGACAAUAAAGAGUAACUGUUUUUUUACAAACCAA